AGACACAUUUCCCAUUAGACAACAGCCAAGACUCUAGAGGAGAUGUAAUCUAGGGUUGUAACAGAAAACUAAAAAAUAAUUAAUUAAUUAAAAGCAGGGUUUAAACAUUCAGUUGGUCGGAUAGAAGUUGUUAACACUCCCAGGGGCUGUUUAAAUAAAGAGUUGUGAUCAUAAAAUAAAGAGGAAGUGACUGAAGUUGAUGAUAAAAUGGCUGAGAAGCGUCAUAUGCAUCGCCUCGGACUGAUUAUCCUCUGUUCAUUUCUCACAGGUACCAUUGGAGGACCAUUGGACACUCACGAGUUCUGCAGUUCUGGUGGAAGUGUCCGUCUGCCCUGUAAUAAUGCUCUUUCUGACUGCACAUCAACUACAUGGACCUAUAGCAGACAUUUAAAGUCAGUUGAACUGAUCACUUUAGGGAAAAAGAAGAAAGACACAGAGAGACAUGAGAGACUGAGUCUGGGCUCUGGCUGCUCUCUGAACAUCAACAAAGUCACAAAAGAAGAUUAUGGAUCUUACACCUGCCUACGAUAUGUGAAUGGACAAGGAACUGAUGCACGUGUUUAUCUGCAUUUUCUUCAUGUUUCAGUCUCUCCAUCAUCCACUCAGAUCAGAAGCGGCAGCUCUGUAACUCUCUCCUGUCCGUUGUAUUAUGAUCAAGUCUAUUGUGAUACUUUGGUCCGUGCUGAGGGAGUUCAGCUGAUCUGGGUGAAUCAGGCUGGUGAGGAUCUACAGACAGACUCUAGAUAUCAGAUAUCUCCACCAGGACACUGUGACAGCACCCUGACAACAACACUCCUGGAUGAAGAUAACAACACAGAGUGGAGAUGUCUGCUUACUCAGAGAAAUGAAGUGAAGACCUCAGCCGCAUAUAUUGUCAUAUUCAGGUGAGGAGACAAUCUUUAAUCAAUUUAAAAUAAUCUCAUUGACUGUAAAUAUCAUCAGAACAAACUGGGCAUACAAAAGCCUAUUUUACUCUGACAGAAAUAUGAACUCAAGCAUUGCUCCCAACAAAUGAACUGUAGAUAAGUGAUAACAGCCCAACAAAUGCUGUACAUAAGUUAUUUAAACUGAACAGAAAGUAUUUGUAACCUUUUAUGUAAUGUGAGGAAGUAUUCAAAUAUGAUUGUAAUUGUACAAUCAGAUGAUGUAAUUAUAUUUUCAUCUGAACUAUCUUUCAUCCUGCACAGGAACAUCAACUACGAACACAUCCGAAUCUCAAGUGACCGUGAUCGUGAUCUCUGUUCUGGCUGCUGCGUUACUUGUUGCCCUUGUUUCUGUUCUCUGGGUGAUCUAUAAAAAAAGAGCUCGUAAGUUUUUGUAUUUCCUCCUUUGUAUAAUAAUAAAAAUAUAAUCAAAUUUCACUUUAUCAUUAGCAAUAAACCAUCAUUUUCAUGUUGUAUAAAUCAUAGAAACAUACAUAUUGUAUGAAAACAUGUUGAACUAUAAAGUUAUGAAACAAUACUUUAUUCCAGUUGAGAAUAUCAGUGAGAUUGAGUUAUCAAGUAAAAAUAAAGAAUCUUUUUCAUCACUGAUUUCAGUAGGACAGCCAAAUCCUUUUUAUUUGAAUGUAAUUAGCAUUGGAGACAUUCUGUGUUUUGCAUGUCUGUUUUAUCAUUACAUGAGCAUAUUGCAUUUUUAUAGGUAAUAAAGGAGGAACUGAUAGAUCUGUGGUCGAAGAUAGGGAUGAAAAUAAAGGGACCUAUGAAUCCAUCAAAAUAUCCAUUCCUACUACGCCAAACACCAAUGUAUAGAGAGCUGAUGUGAUCUAUUCUGAGGUUACCGCUUCCAGUAAAAAACAAGUAAAUAUGCAUUAUAAUGAUUCUAAUGAUACAGUGAAUUACGCUGCCAUCAGAGGAACAGAAGAUGCACCUCAGGAUGGACUUUACGCCUCUGUGAACACCACCUCCACACCUCACAAAUAAACUUUAGUUAUGCAAAUCAUUGCAUGACCUCAAAUUAUGAGCAGAUCUGCAGUUUUUCACUCUGCAGAGAUUUAUGCAUUUAUGAGAUUCAUUGUGUUAAUGGACAGAACUUUUAUAUUACAUUUUUGAGGAAUAUACUGAGAAAAUCUACAAACACAAUUCUGAAGGAAAUGUUAAAAAAGUUUUAAAUGCAUAUAGCAGACAGAGAAUUUUUAAAAUAAAAAAUAUAAAGCAUCUUAUCAUCUGAAGUCUGGGUCAGUUCACUUUAACAUUGGCUUGAAGGUUUUCCAAGGUUGAAUUUCUGUCUUAAAUAAUUUUAUGAUUCUCGCACUCAAUCUUUUUUCUUUGUAUUGACUUCCUUUGGGCUCUAUUUUCAGAAAGCAUGGUGUAUCAUUUCACCGCUAUGCAGAUGAUACCCAAAUUUAUGUAUCUUUUGAAACAUGCUGCUCUAGAAUCUCUUUUUGCAUGCCUGGAUGAAGUGAAAACAUGGUUCUCUCAAUUUUUUUAUUAUUUCUGAAUGAAUCAAAAACUGAGGUUAUUGUCUUUGGCCCCAGUGAAAAUUCAGGGAGCAGUGGUAUCUGAUCAAAUUUAUCCAUACAAUCAUACACAAAAUCUGAGGACUGGUGAUCAAAGACUUCUCUCGUCCCCAGAUCACAGUUAAAGCAUAGAGGGGAUAGAGCCUUUGCGGUUGCUGGCCCUAAGCUGUGAAACAGCCUUCCAGCUUAUAUCACACCGGCAACGUCUAAAUGUUUUUAAAUCAUCUCUUAAAACCUAUUUUUUUUCUUGGGCUUUUAAUAUAUUGUGAGUUUAUGUUAUGAAUCUGUGGGUUGUCAUGUGUUCUAUGUCUUUGUUCAACACUUUUGUCAGUCGUGCUUGUAUUUAAAUAUGCUAUAUAAAUAAAACACACUUGAAACUUGUUACUUCAUCCUCCGUG